GUUAUUUCUAAAAGAACCGGUCAGAAAAUGAUGAAAUUACAUUAAUUUUACCUACAAAACCUCGACAUACCUCACUAAAAUCUGUACGACGUAGCUGGUCCUUCCUGUAACUAAUUGUUCUGGUACGCAACAACAAUAUGGCGAAGUACAUCGCCCAGAUAAUAGUGCUUGGCGGCCAAAUAAUAGGAAAGGCUUUCACGCGAGCUCUGAAGCAGGAGAUAGCUGCUUCCCAAGAGGCUGCCAAGCGUGCCGGGGGAGGUCAGCAAGGUCAAAAUCGCGCCGCAGCCAAUCUUAGGACUGGUAUGACGCUGGAGGAGGCACAACAAAUCCUCAACAUAACGAAGCUGGACCCUGAGGAGGUACAAAAGAACUACAAACAUCUGUUUGAGGUGAACGAAAAAUCCAAGGGAGGAUCAUUCUAUCUUCAGUCGAAAGUAUUUCGAGCAAAAGAACGAAUAGAACAGGAAAUGAAAGAGGCAAAGCCACCGGAAGGAGAAAAAACGGACACCGGCACACGAAGAGAACAACCAACGCAGUAAUCGAUUUUAUUGCCCCAGUGAAAGGCUUGUUGCUUGAAAGGAUUACAGUUAAAUUCAUAAGUAAACGUGUUUAUUUAGUUCAACUAUAAAUAGAACGUUGUUUUAAUUGCUAAGAAUAUCCAUAUAAAAAAUGAA